GUAAUUUUAUAUACUUCAUGAGUAACGUUGUGUUGUAGAAACACAAACUUAAGCAUAACCAAGAAUCAAAAAAGACAUUAAUAUAUUUAUGUGCAUAAUUAUAAUAAUAAAAAAACUAAUGCAACACAUAAAAAAUGAAUUGAAUUUAAUAUCGUUACUUAAUAUGCUUUCAUUAUAACCUAACUUAAAAUUUUUCAUUUUUGUUUAAUUUUUAAAAGUAUAGUGAAAUAAGUUAAUGCUUCAAAAUAAUGUCCAACACAAUAAGUGGAAAGAAUCUGUUACGUCCUUCCGGACUACAAUGCAAAAAUUUACACGAAUAUUUAAAGUCACGUCCGCCAGAAGUGUUAAGUAAAUUAUAUCACAAUCCGCCUAUAUGUUUGGCUGUGUUUCGUGAACUGCCUGUUAUAGCUAAACAUUAUAUCAUGAGAUUAUUAUUCGUCGAACAGGCAGUUCCACAAGCAGUAAUAGCUUCUUGGUGUUCUAAACUCUACCUCGAGGAUCAUCAAAAAGUAGUUAUAAUUUUAAAAGAAUUAAAUAUAUGGAGAGAAACUGCUUUGCCUGGAGGAUUACCAGGUUGGAUUGUACAUGCAUCUUUUAAAAAGAACUUAAAAGUUGUUCUGUUAGGAGGUGGUAAACCAUGGACAAUGUCUAAUCAAUUAGAAACUGAUAGUAAACCUAGAGAUGUAGCAUUUUUAGAUGGAUACGCAUUAGAAAGAUGGGAAUGUGUUUUACAUUACAUGGUUGGUUCUCAGCAGCAAGAAGGUAUCUCGGCUGAUGCUGUGAGAAUACUUUUACAUGCUGGUUUAAUGAAACGAGAUGAAGCCGAUGGUAGUCCAAUUAUCACACAAGCAGGUUUUCAAUUCUUAUUGUUAGACACUGCGUCACAAGUAUGGUACUUUAUCUUGCAAUAUCUAGAUACGAUAGAAGCAAGAGGUCUUAAUUUAGUUGAGUGCCUUACAUUUCUAUUUCAACUAAAUUUUUCAACGCUUGGUAAAGAUUAUAGUACUGAAGGCAUGUCCGAAGGCUUAUUAACAUUUCUACAACAUCUCAGAGAAUUUGGACUUGUCUAUCAACGUAAACGAAAAGCUGGAAGGUUUUAUCCAACCCGUUUAGCAUUAAACAUAGCAACUGGGCAAAAUAAACCAUUAACUAAAGAGACUGGAAAAGAAGGAUAUAUAGUUGUUGAAACUAAUUACAGAGUAUAUGCUUAUACAAAUUCAAAUUUGCAAGUUGCUUUGCUUGGAUUAUUUUGUGAAAUGUUAUAUAGAUUCCCAAACUUGGUGGUUUCAAUAUUAACAAGAGAUUCAGUACGACAAGCUUUAAAAAGUGGAAUUACUGCGGCACAAAUUAUAGGUUAUUUGCAGCAGCAUGCACAUAUUAAAAUGUUAGAGGCAGGUCCACCUACGUUGCCUCCGACUAUUGUGGAUCAGAUUAAGUUAUGGGAAAAUGAAAGAAAUAGAUUUCUGUUUAGCGAAGGAGUCCUGUAUAGUCAUUUUCUAUCUCAAACCGAUUUUGAAGUGCUUAGAAAUCAUGCACUUUCUACAGGUGUUCUGAUCUGGCAAAAUGACAGAAAACGAACAGUGGUAGUAACGAAAGCUGGUCACGAUGAUGUGAAAAAGUUUUGGAAAAGAUAUUCAAAAGGUUCCUCUUGAAAAAUGUUAAGAUUAAACAACAUUGAUGGAAUCAAAUUAAAAAUUUAAAUAUCACAAACGUCUUACAUUUUCAUUAUGUUCCUGGAUAAAGAUUUUUUUCAAGUGAAAUAAAUAUUCACAUAAACAUUAUGUACAAAUACAGUAUAGAUAUUAAUAUAGUUCGUAAAACUACCAAUGAAAAUACGACAUGAAAAAGAUAUACAAUAUACGACGUUUUAAAAUUUGUAUUAAGUAAAGCUAUUUAUAAAUAAUGAAUAGAUAA